GCUUGCCACCACUCAGUUGAACAUCAAAAGUGCAGUGCCCCGUUUGGACGAGUUGCGUCAGUGCAUCAGUGCCUCAUCCACAAGGAUAGCCCAAGGAGCAGCUUCUCAGCACCAGCAUCUAACAUCUGACAGACACCAGGCCAGGCCCCAGCACACCAGCUCAGACAUGAUCAAGUACGUGUGGCAUGUGGCAGCCCUCAUGAUUGUCUUCUGCUGGCUCUCAACUGCUCGCAGCGCCAGCUACCAGCACCAGCACCAGAGUCUGAACAGCCUCGGCGUCGGGCAGAAGCCUCAGCCGCAGCCACAGCCGAGUGUCGGCCAGGCCUCCAGCUCCGCAGCCGCUCCGGCCGGCUUCUGGAAGGACAUGUCGCUGGUUUACCGCAUCUACCAGCAGUGCACGGGCGAGAAUAUGUCAGUCUGCUUGAAGGUCAAGCUGUUGACCGGCCUAGAGAAGGCCUUUCGCUCGGCCAAAACGCUGUCUCUCUUCGAGGGCGUGCAGUUCGUUGCCUCUGGAAGCGGCAGCGGCAGUGAGGAGCAGAAGCGGGCCAAGUUGCCGCCAAUCAGUGAGCAGGACAUUGUGGCUGUUUUGCCUCGCAGCACGGACGCCAAGGACCAGGUACUCAACAGCAUGAUCUUCAAGCGGGUGGGAAACUUCCUCCAGGACCACACUCUGCAGGUAAAAUUUCCAGACUUGCGCGACUCGGACGGCAGCACGUCGGAGGGCCGCAAGAAAAAGGAGAAAAAGGGCAAUGGAGCCUACAUUAUGAUUCCCCUGCUGCUCGGCGGCACAUUCGUGCCGAUCGCCUACGGCGCUUUGGCCAUGCUGGCCGGCAAGGCGCUGAUUGUGUCCAAGCUGGCUCUGGUGCUCGCCUCCAUUAUUGGCAUCAAGAAGCUGCUCAGUGGCGGCGGCGGUGGCAAGGAGUCUUCGCAUGAGGUUGUCGUCAGUGGUGGCGGCCACUCGGGCUGGGGACGUGACUUCGAUAUGGCCUACAGCGGCUGGAAGCCAGCCAAGGAGCAGCACCAAGCGGGCAGCGCCAAGAGCUUGUAGGUCGCCAUCAUACGAGCAUCACGGCAGCAGGCGAGGCGAGGCGGGGCGAGGCAAGGCAAGGCCUGCAUUUGCAUUUG